AUAAACACACGACUAGUCGCAGUAAGAAUACUGAAAUCGAGCACAUCAGCAGUGUCGAUUUUUAUAAUAAUCUGUAACGCGAAAAUCAUGAGUCGCACCAAGGAUAACUCGGCCGAGUUGGGUACAAAAGACCAGAAGGAAAAGUUGAAGAGCUUUAUGCUCGAGGAGGUCGACGACUGCAACGUCAUCGUCGACGUCUCAGAUUCGCCGAAGACCAGCACGAGCCCCGAGGGGUCGCCUAUCGUCGUGGCGGAGGAGGAUUAUUAUUAUACAAUGCUCGACUCACCAAAGGACGAAGAGGAUCGGAGCUCGAACAACGACGACAAAGACGAUGACGACCGCGACAAAGACGACGAAUUGGAAUCGGUUAGUAGUAGGCGCAGUAUAGAGGCGCAGAGAGAUCAGGCACGUGCCGUUCGGCGAUUGAAAGCGUUCUUUCGAUUCCAGGCAACACGAGCUCCGCCACCGAGGCGCGAUGGAGCUGCGCUGUAACCGACUGCCCGGCGAGCUUCGCGCGCCAAUUUUAUCUCGAUCGGCAUCGAAGAACCAAGCACAGCGAUGAAAAUCGAGGAAUGAGAAAAAUAUUCGAGUGUCAAAUUUAUAAGACGCUGAAACAUAUUUGUUAUUUAAUGAUAAUUUGUUUAUGUUACUUUUUUUUAAAUAUAGUCUGUAUUGAA